AUGGAGAGCAAGAACUACCAAGCAAGCCACUAUGCCACUCAGGGCUAUGAGCAGACGUUGCUCCAGCGUCUGCAUCUAGAGCUUUACAAUCUCAAGUUUCUAAUCGUCGUGGAUGAUAAUGCUUGGGAUCGGAUCGCGCACGCCUUGCCAGAUAAGGAGAACGACAGCCGGAUUCUUCUCACCACUAGGCUUCGGGAGCCGCUCGGGCUGGAGCACAGCUGGCAGUUCCUCUGUUAUCUUACCUUCGGUGAUAUGCUGAAAAAUGAUAAUGAUGAUGUUACAUUGCUCUGCCCUCCUCACUUGAAGGAAAUUGGAAUAUCGAUCGCCGAGAAAUGUAAAGGUCUUCCUCUGUCACUGGUUGUGGUUGGUGGUCUUCUCAUUCAGGAGACAGAAAAGAUUGAUUUCUAG